GAAGCUUUACCGAUGACUAGCCAAGAAGAGGAGUGGCAGUACUUCGAAGAAGAGCUUGACAUCAAUGACUUCCCUCAGCAAGUGCGAUAUCGUGUUUGUAGCAGGGAAUCGUUGGGUCACAUAUCUGAGUUUGCUGAUGUGGGCAUUUCGGUGAAAGGAUCUCAUUAUCCCCCUGGAAAGGAGCCUAAAGAUGGAGAAAGGAAGCUGUAUUUAUUGUUAGAAGCUCGACAUGAAAGGAAUUUGAAAUGUGCAAAGGAGGAAAUUGUACGAAUUAUGAAAGAUGCAUUCCGACAGCUGACAGCGCAAAUGCAGCGUGGUGGACCAAGUGGACGUUAUAAAGUAUUUUAA